AAGACAUCAGACGACUUUCUGCCUCAGAUGCUGGAAAUUCCACAAUUUACUCUACAGCUGAACUACCCACAAUCCCCUCUGAUCAUCACACAGUUUAUGCAAAUUCAAAGUUACCCACAAGCCCCUAUGAUUCUGCUGUUUACCCUGCUGCUCAACUGCCCACAAUCCGCUCUGAUCAGGACAUCUACUCUACAGCUCAGUUACCUACACGUCUCUCGGCUGCAGAACCUGAUGAAGGUCUGAAUUACACAUCGAUUCUUAAAAAAAUGAGCAAAGGUCGUCUGUGGACGGAGGAGCAGUUUAACUGCCCCGUUUGUCUCGACUUGCCCCACGAGCCCGUGACGAUCCCGUGCGGUCACAGCUACUGCAUGGCGUGCAUCACCGACUACUGGGACUCUGAGCGCCGAAAGAGCGGCUCAUGUAGCUGCCCUGAAUGUCGCCAGACCUUCGACCCUCGUCCUACGCUGUGCCGUAACACUAUGCUCGCGGAGGCCGUGGAGCAGCUCCGCGUGGGCAACCUCAGCUCCACAGCACGCGAGUCCAUCCGUAACGCGCACCGUGCAGCCGACUCUGCGUCCGUGCGUGGUGCGCGAGAGCGAAAAACCGUCACCAAACAGCUUCCUGCCUCGAGUGUGCCGUGUGACCGGUGCAUGGAGCCGAGAGCGGCCGUGAAAACCUGCCUGACGUGUAUGGCGUCCUUCUGCGAGAGCCACCUGAAGCCGCACCAGACGCAGGCCAAGCUAAAGAGCCACGAGCUCAUCGCGCCCACCGGAGACCUGACGCAGAAGAUCUGCCCCGAGCACAAGUACCUGCAGGAGUUCUACUGCCGCUCGUGCCAGGUCUAUAUCUGCUGGCUGUGUACGAGCAACCAGCAUAAAGACCACGAGACCUUAUCCACUCAGGCGGAGCGCACUGAGAAACAGAAAACCAUUUUAACAGUUCAGGCAGAGAAUCUGCAGAAGCUGCAUGAGAGAGAGAAGGAACUCAAAGACAUGAAGAAAGUCCUGGAGACCCUCAAGCAUUCAUCCGACACAGUGAGCGAGGAGACAGACAAAGUGCUGUGUGAGCUUCAGCACUCAGUGCAGCGUAUGGCAGAUCUGAUCCAGCAGGUGAUGAGCUCUACUGGGCAGGAGAAGAUCAGCGAGGCCCAGCAGCUGGUGGACAAACUGGAGAAGGAGAUCAGUCAGCUGAGGAAGAAAGACUCUGAUUUAAAAGAGCUUGUGACGUGUCAGGACAAUAUCUACUUUCUCAAGACGUAUCAGUGUCUUUGUUCUCCGGAGUUCAGUGAACUCGGCAGUUUUACGGUGAAUCUGGACGCCUCGUUCGAUCCUGUUAAAAACGUCAUUUUGGAUCUCAGGGAGAAAGUGGAGAACAUGUGCAACCAAGAACUGGAUAAAAUUAAUAAGACAGUGUUCAUCGUGAUGCCGUACACUGUGAUCGACCGACAGAGUGGACAGAAGCCGGGAAUUUUGAAAUUGUUUUCUGGAAUUGGAGGAAAAUCCUCAAGUAGUCGCUCGCAAGCAGGUCCCCCUCCGCUACCCUCUGUGAGUGCUCGAGGCCCAGUGGAUAGAGGCACAAACUCCCCAAGACCAAGAGCAAGCUACAACAGAGAGGAGAGAGAGCAAGCUAAUAAUCGGAGUGUGAGCUCUCUGAGAUCAAGUGAGAGGCAGAGAAGAGAGGAGAGAGAGCAAGAGAGGGAGACUCCAAACUCACCAAGAUCUCAAAGCAGGAGCACAAAUGAUCAAGAAGCCGACUCUUGGAGUAUACGCUCUCUACGGCAGUCAACACAGGCGAGAAAAAACCAGGAACAAGCUGACACCUGGAGCUUAAGUUCAGUCAGGUCAAGAGGAAGGCCGGGGAGAGAGGAGAGAGAGACAGCUAACGGAGAAAUGCAGAGUUCCCAGAGACCGCAGGAGACAGCGAUGAGCAGACAGCAACCGGAGAAGCAGUCUGACACCUGGAGCUUAAGUUCCAUCAGGUCGACAAGAGGCAGAGAGAGGAGAGAAGAGAGAGAGACAGCUAAUGCAGAGUCACAGAGCUCCACCAGGACCCAGCAGACGGCAACCACCAGAGGGCAGCCUGAAAGACAAUCUGAUCGCUGGAGUCUGAGCUCACUGUUACCAAGAAACAGGAAGAAGAGACAAGAGUCAGUGAAACAAGCCACACCUACUCAACAGGAAAUAGUGUCUCCUCAGGAUCAGUGGGGACAGCAGACUGAAGUAAACCCUGGACUUUUCCUGGACUCUCCGUCAGCAGACUCCUCAUUCAGUCGUACCUUUUCACUGAGAGAGAUCGAUAUUGACAGCAUUCAGGCUCCCGAGCCGAGGAGCAGAGACGAGUUCCUGCAGUAUGCUUGUGAGUUGACAUUUGAUCCCAACACGGCUCACAGGCGAUUAGUUCUCAGUGAAGACGACACCAAAGCAACACUCAAUACUACCACCCAACCGUACCCUGAUGUCCCUGAGAGAUUUGACAGCUGGACUCAGAUUCUCAGCCUCCAGCCACUCAGCUCUACCCGCUGCUACUGGGAGGUGGAGUGGCGUGGACGGGGCUCUUCGGUGGGUGUGGCCAGUGCCUCCAUGCCACGUAAAGGUGCAGAUGCAAGGGUGGGUCUUGGCUACAACAACCAAUCCUGGAGUUUGGAGUUGUCGGACAUGUGCUGCGCCGCUAUGCACGCCAAUCAGAAGCAGGAGAUCUCAGUGACGUACUGCCCCCGAGUAGGCUUGUUUCUGAACCAGGAGGAGGAGUCUCUGGCUUUCUAUGGUGUUGAUGAUGUACUCGUGCAUCUGCAUACAUUCCACGGUGUCUCAUCCAGUCAGCCGCUGUUCGCCGCUUAUGGUGUUGGGAGCGGCGUGGGAGUCGGCCUAGACUUUGCCAUGGGGAACUUCAGCGCUUCUACAGACAGCAUUAAAAUCUGCACAAUCUAACUCAGAUCAGUUUACCUUUUGUCCAGGUUAAUGAUAUCUCAAUUUUAUGAAGAAGAAGAAAAAAAAAGUUAGUUGUGUUGUGCAUUCUCUCUGAUGCCAUAAACAAGUAUCAUGCAGUCCUGGUCCUUAGGUACCAGAAUUCCAUUUUAAAAAUUAAAUAAUAGAGGUUUAACCAUUAAAAAAUUGUUUGCUAAAUACCAUACUAGCCUUUAGGGCUCACCUGUCAAUCAGGGUCAAUCUAUCAUUUUAGCCAAUCACAGAAGUCUUAGCUCGAGGUUUUAUAGUAGGGAAAUUAGGUGUCUUGUCUUAUGAACAUUUUCAAGGGACCAACUGUUAUUUAAUAAAAAUUGUCAUUAUGGUCUGAUUAAUAAAGUGCUCUUACUCAUG